GUGAGUGUGUGUGCGUGUGAAUUUCCGUUUUUGAAUUUCCGCUUUACCCAAAUUCAUAAUAAAAGAAACCAAAAAGUGUUAAAUAUGCAGAGAAUGCUAGUAUGCAGUAUCCUGGCCCUGUCCUGGAUAACAGUUGGACAUGCUCUGGCCGUGGGCUCACCGGAGUGCCCCGAGAAGUACGGUGAACAGGCCUAUGCCCACACCGAGAACUGCGACCAGUUCUUCCUCUGCACCAAUGGUACCCUGACCCUGGAGACCUGCGAGAAUGGACUGCUCUUUGAUGGCAAGGGCGCUGUCCACAAUCACUGCAACUACAACUGGGCCGUCGACUGCAAGGGCCGUCAGUGGGAUCCCACUCCGAUCUCCUCGCCGGGCUGUGAGUAUCAGUUCGGUUUGUAUGCGGUGUCCAAGGACUGUGCCACCACGUACAUCAAAUGUGCUCACGGCGAGCCUCACGAACAGGACUGCGAUGCAGGCCUGGCCUACGAUGAGCGCAUCCAUGGCUGCAACUGGCCCGACCAGCUACUCGACCACUGCAAUCCCGAGGCUGUCGUUGGCUUCAAGUGCCCCACCAAGGUGGAUCCCAAUUCGGUGGCCGCUCGCUUCUGGCCCUUCCCACGUUUCCCCGUUUCCGGGGACUGCCAUCGCCUGAUCACCUGUGUGGAGGGUUAUCCCCGUCUCAUCAGUUGCGGCGAGGACAAGGUCUUCGAUGAGCACACGCUCACCUGCGAGGAGCCCGAGUACGCCAGCGGCGGUUGCGCCAACUACGGAAAGUAGAGAUCCACGUCGUCUUCGUCCGAUCUCGACUCGGAUCGGAUCGGAUCGGAUAGGCUCUGUAUGUAAAUACGUACAUAUGAAAAGCUAAAUAGCUCCGAAUCGAUCUAUCCAAACCACUCCAAUUCACUACAAUCUAUCUAUCCUAUCCCUGCACGCGCAAGCCUUUCGCACUAUCCCGAAUUUCCUAGCGAAAAGAAACCCAAUCCCGAUUAAAAAAAAUAUUGCAUAUAGUAAUUUUGCCUGUUAACAUCGUCGUCUUUCUAUCUUUCUGUAUUUUAUUAUCUUUUUGUUGUUCUGUGGGCUUCCUUUUUGUAUAUGAAUCGCAAUAAAGUUAAUUUUAUUUAUUGUAA